AUGGGGAAGAAGGAAAGAGAAACAGAGCGCUUGGGGAAGAAGGAAAGAGAAACAGAGCGCUUGGGGAAGAAGGAAAGAGAAACAGAGCGCUUGGGGAAGAAGGAAAGAGAAACAGAGCGCUUGGGGAAGAAGGAAAGAGAAACAGAGCGCUUGGGGAAGAAGGAAAGAGAAACAGAGCGCUUGGGGAAGAAGGAAAGAGAAGCAGAGCGCUUGGGGAAGAAGGAAAGAGAAACAGAGCGCUUGGGGAAGAAGGAAAGAGAAACAGAGCGCUUGGGGAAGAAGGAAAGAGAAACAGAGCGCUUGGGGAAGAAGGAAAGAGGAACAGAGCGCUUGGGGAAGAAGGAAAGAGAAACAGAGCGCUUGGGGAUGAAGGAAAGAGAAACAGAGCGCUUGGGGAAGAAGGAAAGAGAAACAGAGCGCUUGGGUAAGAAGGAAAGAGAAACAGAGCUCUUGGGGAAGAAGGAAAGAGAAACAGAGCGCUUGGGGAAGAAGGAAAGAGAAACAGAGCGCUUGGGGAAGAAGGAAAGAGAAGCAGAGCGCUUGGGGAAGAAGGAAAGAGAAACAGAGCGCUUGGGGAAGAAGGAAAGAGAAACAGAGCGCUUGGGGAAGAAGGAAAGAGAAACAGAGCGCUUGGGGAAGAAGGAAAGAGAAACAGAGCUCUUGGGGAAGAAGGAAAGAGAAACAGAGCUCUUGGGGAGAACGUUAGAGAAGCAGAAAGGGUCAGAGACAGAAAAAGAAGAAGCAGAGCGGGGACAAGUUAGAGAAGUGGAACGUGUAAAGAGAGAAAAGAGGAAGAUAGUACAAAUACAUUUGGAGAAGAUGAAGAUAAAGGUGGGUGUAAGUGUACUCAAUAAUAGCGCCAACAUGGAGACUCGAAGUAGUGCUGCUGCUGCUGCAUGGAUUAAAAGGAAGAUACAACCGUUUGCGUGGAGGACAAGGACGACAUCAGUGACUACUUCACACGUUUUGAAAUUAAGCUUACGAAGUUUAAUGUCCGAGACUACUCGAUUCAUAAUAGCUACCAAGUGUUGA